AUGAGUUUGUACUAUCCAGAGCUAACCAAGAAGCAAAACAAGCAAUUUUUCAAGCUAAAUCUAGAGCUAACCAAGAAUCACUUCAACACUCAGAACCGAAAACCUACAUUUAAUGAUUCGAUUAUUAUCAAUUUCGCCGAACUUCAUUUCGAUAAUCAUAAGCAUGCUAGAUGGAAUGGUCGACAGAUUCGUAGUGCACCUCAAACAGCCCUAGCACUUGCGGAAUAUGAUGUUCUGAGUAAAUCUCUUUCCGCGGAGUUGAACAACAGUGUGCAGAUGCUUUUGAAACAGGAUCACUUUAUUAUAAUUCAAUCGGCAUAUCUAGAUUUUUCCAAAUAUCUUGGCGAUGUAUUUGGCACAGAUGGUGAUGGUCGGGCUGAGGGGAAUCGUCUUCGUGCGAGGUCCGAGAAAAAUGCAGAGUACCCAAGCAAAUUGAUGCAGCGAGCUGCAGAGAAAUCGCAAACGUCUCUUAGAGGUCACCGAAAUGAAAUUCUGGGUCACGAUAUAGCAGGAAUGAGUUUCAGCUCACGAACCAGCACAUUAGUGGUGCUUAUGAAAAUAGUGAGCAUAUGUCUCCUUAGCAAAGUGUUCCACUUCACAAUCAGCCCAUCAAUUCACCUGCAAUAUAUGGUCAAACUAGUCUCAUUGAAGUCCAACAAGAGAAUUAAGCUUAUUCUCAACCAACAGGAUUACAACAGUCCAACAUAUCCUUUACCUCAGCCUAUGACAAUACACGAUUCCCGAGGACAACCAAUGUCGUAUCCAUAA